GAGAGGCGUUGCCGCACACCGACUACUCAAGGCUUAACACGCACCAAGACGCAUAGAUUCAUACAUUUUGCGCUUCGCAGUUCGCAGCUCGCAGCCUCUCCGUCUCAGCAACAAAAUACUCCAGGAGUGAUACAUAUAUAUUAUUUAUAUUUAUACUCGCCAUGGCCAACUACAUUCACGUCCCCGACGAAGCUCCCGCUGUGCCUAAAAUAGACGUGACACUUGACGAGAGCGACUACAGACCCGGUGCGCUGAGGCUGAUCAAGGAGCUGAGACCCAGCUGGAAGCCAUCCGAGGUCAAAAUGAAGUUUUUCACAGACGGGAUAACCAACAAACUGCUGGGCUGCUAUGUGGGCGGAGUCAUGCAGGACGUGGUUCUGGUCCGAAUUUAUGGCAACAAGACGGAGCUGCUGGUGGACCGUGAAAACGAGGUGAAGAGUUUCCGGGUCCUCCAUGCACACCGCUGUGCCCCGCGCCUUUACUGCACCUUCAACAACGGCCUCUGUUACGAGUUUCUACAGGGAACGGCCUUGGAGCCGGAGCAUAUCCGCAGCCAGCCUGUCUUCAGGCUCAUAGCCAGGCAGCUAGCCAAGUAUCACGCCAUCCACGCCCACAAUGGCUGGGUGCCGCAGUCCGACCUGUGGCUGAAGAUGGGCAGGUACUUUGCUCUCAUCCCCAAGAACUUUGAGGAUCCCGAGCGGAACACCAGGUUGAGUGUGGAGGUGCCCAGCCCGCGGCGCCUCCGAGAGGAGCUGGUGUGGCUCCAACAGAGCCUGUCAGUACUUGGCUCCCCCGUGGUUCUCUGCCACAACGACCUGCUCUGCAAGAACAUCAUUUACAACCAGGACUCAGGCAAUGUAAAGUUCAUUGACUACGAGUACGCAGGGUACAAUUACCAAGCCUACGACAUUGGGAACCAUUUCAACGAGUUUGCUGGCCUGAAUGAGGUGGAUUAUAGCCACUACCCAGAUCGGGACUUCCAGCUGGAGUGGCUCCGCUCCUACCUGGAGGCAUAUAAGGAGCACAAGGGCCAGGGCAGUGGGGUGACUGACAGAGAGGUGGAGGUUCUCUACGUCCAAGUCAACCGGUUUGCCCUGGCAUCUCAUUUCUUCUGGGGUCUGUGGGCUCUGAUUCAGGCCAAGUUCUCCACCAUCGAUUUUGACUUCCUGGGAUACGCAGUGCUGCGCUUCAACCAGUACUUCAAGAUGAAACCGGAGGUGUCUGCGCUGAACUUACCAGAAUAAAAUCCUCCGCCCUCUCCCAUCUCCUCCUCCUGCUGCUCUUCCUCCUCCUCCACUGUACUCUGCGCCUCCCACGUUGACUGCAGGGCGCCCUCUAGGGGUCGUAACAGGGAAGAGCCAGAGUGAGAGUCUGUCCUGAUCAGUGCCUACAGGUCCCCUCGCCAUCCUGUUAUCAUCGUUUUUAAUAAGAUUGAAUGGCCCACAUUCUCUCUACUCAUCUGCAUAGUUACACCUUUGUCAGCCAGCACUUAGGCCAAGCCACCUGUUGUGAGGGCACAUGUGAAGUACGCUUACUUAUCUGCAACAGUCUAAAAACCUACAUGGCGAAAUUUAUUGCAGCACUGUUAAUGUUUUCAUCAGUUAGACUAUUAACAUGAUAUUACUGGAUUGUAGUGAUAAGGUGUUUUUUUUUUUUUCCAGUUGCUCAAAUCAUGAUACACUUAAAGAGGAACAGCAUCCUCCUUGCACGAUGGAUGAGCGCCAGUCUCGGGACAGACGCCUUCCUACACACUCAAAUGCACUUCCUGUUCACGAGGCAACCCGUUGAGAGUUUACACACACAAGGGCCUCCGCUGAGUUAAAUAGACCUCCACUGUAUGUCGGGCUGGGCUGUGGUUUGACCUGUGGGAGAUUUGUCAUGAUAGCGCGCCCAUUUCACUGUAACGUAGCUGUCAUGUAGGCCCCCGCGAUCGCUCUGACAAAUCAGAACGAACUUGCUUUGCAGGUUUGUCUCGAUCUAGACGCAGAACAAACUUGCAUUUUGUUUGAAAUAGAACAUUCCUCACUCACAUCUUAGGCAGGCUAUUGGGUCGCAGGUCACAUUGUUAGUCACUGUGUUUGUGUGUUUUUUUUCCCCCACUGUGACAUUGGCAGCGAGUUGUGCUGUAAAAAGCAAGACCAAACACAGAUCCAGAAGCCGAUAUGGUCUGACCAUUAUAGCCGAGGCUCCUACACCAGGAAGUACGGAAAAGGAAAGUGAUUGUUACCAUGUCAGUGGAAGGCUGGGAAUUACAUGUAAAGACUUGAAUAAUAUGGAACAUAUUGUUGUUCAGUCCUGAUUAACUCACUACUGCACAUUUCUACUACUUCACAUGUUGUAAUAUUUGUCUCGGGAGGAUUGAUGAGCAGCUUUAGCGUGAUAUGGCGCAGUCGACUGUCACAUUGCCGAGCCACCGUCGGCAUGUAUGCUAUUGAAUACUGACCAAAGUUUUCAAAUCCAGUUGGGAAAAAAAAAAAAGAUGUGGGGAAAAGUAUUGGCUUAAUUUUAAAUGAAAAUGUGUAGGAACCUUGUUUAGUGCAGCUGAAUCCGGUCAGCCAACUCAGCCAAGCCAAACUCUGCAGCUUUGUUCAGCAAUAUAAAGAAACUCGCACGACCGGAAGAGAAAGAGAGAGAGCACGUCUGUCAAAGGUCAAAAAAGUCAAUCUGGCUCCUUGUCCACGCAGCGGCCGGCCAAUCCGUAGAAAUGGAGGACCAACUCCUGUGGUUAGCAUCUUCGUCUCCAGCUGACAGCCUUGAUAACUCACCUUCGUCCUUCAUACUUCAUCCGUAGUGUUUUAUAAGAGGAGAUUUAGGAGGCUCUUUGUGAAGGUGAAGUAAUUUAAUCUCCUGGUUACUUUAACAAGCCUACACCAAAGUGCUCAUAUCAAUUUUUUUGCUUGUACAUAACGCACAUUGUAUCUUUUUUUUUUUUUUUUUUUCCAUUUAGCAAAAAAGCUCAAAUGACGACUAUCUAGACUUUUUAAAAUGACAGUUUUUAUACUUAUUUAAGUGAGUGUGUUUGGGAGAAGGUCUCGGAGAGAACGCAGGUGUUUGGCGGCACAGUAACAGAUGACUCCUGGGCAAAAAGGGUAUUCAAAAUAUUUCCGAUACUUUGAAGUGCUGGAUGACACCUUGGAUUUUCAGUCAGCGUCACUUUGGAAACACGGUGUCGUUUGGUUGCCCAACAUUUGCCCAGGUGAACUUGUCUGUCACAACACUGUCUAAAGUUUUAUGAAGAGAUCAUUAGUAAUGAGAAUGGGUGGUCUUUUCAUACUGACAGCCCUGUGUAGUGUAUCUACCGUAGCUAAGAGAUAGACAUAGUCUGCCUGUGUGCCUGUGACAGCUAUUUUGUAUUUGCCUGUGGGUUUGAAGUGAGAGGGUUAUAAUUAGUUUUCUUCUGUCUGUUGGUCUUUGUCAAUACUGGUCAUUUUAGAGGGAUCGGAAAUGGUUUGAUUCAAACCUAAUCCAUGUUUGAAAAAGCGUGUCCUGUGGCUCUUCACAUUGCUGUAAACUCUAAAAGUUUAAUCGAAGGUAAUGUUUAUUGUAUGUGUUACCGUUUUGGGUUCUGUUUUGACACAAAGGUCAAGCUGGAACUGGUUCCUGGGGAGAUUUGUCUCUGUUUUUGUGUCCUGUCCGUAGACUGUCAAGCCAUGUUUACACAUAGACGCACAGACGCAGUGUUUAUGAAGUUUGUCAAGUUCUGCUGCAGCAUAACCAGAAUGUUUGAGAUUUAUCCGCUCAACUGUCUCCUUCACGUCUCCAGGCCGCGUGUCGGUGUCUUUUAUUUCCAUCAGUGUGAAACGAACGCAUCGCCACUGUAACAUCAUCUCGGUACUGCUUAAAAUCUCCACUACACGUUAGGAGUGUGUGUGUGUGUCUUCAACAUUGUAAUGGAAUCUGUGCUAACUCAAGUCUUCUUUGGCCACUGUAGCCUCUGUUUAUAUGUACAGUAAAAAAAUGUAAUAUCUGCUUGUCAUGAAUGUGAAUGAAUGUACAUAGAGAAAUUAUGUUUUUUGUUGUUUUUUUUUUUCUAAAAGUUGCAUUAAAGUGAAUAGUUAAUUUGGGGGUAAGCUGUGAAAUAACGUACUAUUUCAAUACUGUACAUGCUUUGAAAGAAUAAAGUCUAUUUACCCUUA